UCUCGCGAGAUUCUGCGAGAUGUGAAGUUGAGGAAACAUGGCGACGUCUAAUUUGUUAAAGAAUAAAGGCUCCCUGCAGUUCGAGGACAAGUGGGAUCUGAUGCGGCCCAUCGUCCUGAAGCUGCUCCGACAGGAAGCUGUCACCAAGCAGCAGUGGUUCGACUUGUUCUCAGACGUCCACGCCGUCUGUCUGUGGGACGAUAAAGGUCCUGCUAAAAUCCACCAGGCUCUGAAAGAAGACAUCCUCGACUUCAUCAAACAGGCUCAGGCUCGGGUGCUGAGUCACCAGGACGAUACGGCGCUGCUGAAGGCCUACAUCGUGGAGUGGAGGAAGUUCUUCACGCAGUGCGACAUCCUGCCCAAACCCUUCUGUCAGCUGGAGAUCACUCUGAUGGGCAAACAGGGCAGCAACAAGAAGACCAGCAUGGAGGACAGCAUCGUACGCAAGCUGAUGCUGGACACCUGGAACGAGUCGAUCUUCUCCAACAUCAAGAGCCGGCUGCAGGACAGCGCCAUGAAGCUGGUUCACGCCGAGCGGCUGGGAGAGGCCUUCGACUCGCAGCUCGUCAUCGGAGUACGGGAGUCUUAUGUGAAUUUAUGUUCAAACCCGGAGGACAAGCUGCAGAUCUACAGAGACAACUUUGAGAAAGCCUACCUGGACUCCACAGAGAGGUUCUACAGAACACAGGCUCCGUCCUACCUGCAGCAGAACGGAGUCCAGAACUACAUGAAAUAUGCAGACGCGAAGCUGAGAGAAGAAGAGAAAAGAGCGCUGCGAUAUCUGGAGACUCGACGUGAAUGUAACUCAGUCCAAGCACUGAUGGAGUGUUGUGUGAACGCUCUGGUGACCUCGUUCAAAGAAACCAUCCUGGCCGAGUGUCCAGGCAUGAUCAAACGCAACGAGACCGACAAGCUGCAUUUGAUGUUUUCCCUGAUGGACAAAGUUCCCAGCGGCAUCGAGCCGAUGCUGAAGGACCUGGAGGAGCACAUCAUCAGUGCAGGCCUGGCAGACAUGGUGGCUGCUGCCGAGACCAUCACCACUGAUUCUGAGAAAUAUGUGGAGCAGCUGCUGACUUUGUUUAACCGCUUCAGUAAACUGGUGAAGGAGGCGUUUCAGGAUGACCCUCGAUUCCUCACAGCCAGAGACAAGGCCUACAAGGCUGUUGUCAACGACGCUACGAUCUUCAAGCUGGAGCUGCCGAUGAAGCAGAAGGGCGUGGGCAUGAAGACUCAGCCCGAGUCCAAGUGUCCGGAGCUGCUGGCAAACUACUGCGACAUGCUGCUGAGGAAAACGCCGCUCAGCAAGAAGCUCACGUCUGAGGAGAUCGAGCUCAAGCUCAAAGAAGUGCUGCUGGUGCUGAAGUACGUCCAGAACAAAGACGUGUUCAUGCGUUACCACAAAGCUCACCUGACCAGGCGCCUCAUCCUGGACAUCUCAGCCGACAGCGAGAUCGAAGAGAACAUGGUGGAGUGGCUCAGGGAAGUAGGGAUGCCAGCUGACUACGUCAACAAACUGGCCAGAAUGUUUCAGGACAUCAAGGUGUCUGAGGACCUGAACCAGGUGUUCAAGGAGAUGCACAAACACAACAAGCUAGCACUGCCAGCGGACAGCGUGAACAUUAAGAUCCUGAACGCCGGCGCCUGGUCGCGGAGCAGCGAGAAGGUUUUCGUGUCGCUGCCUACAGAGCUGGAGGAUCUGAUCCCAGAGGUGGAGGAUUUCUACAAGAGGAACCACAGCGGACGUAAACUCCACUGGCAUCACCUCAUGUCCAACGGCAUCAUCACCUUCAAGAACGAGGUGGGUCAGUACGACCUGGAGGUCACCACCUUCCAGCUCGCCGUUCUGUUCGCCUGGAACCAGAGACCCAGAGAGAGAAUCAGCUUCGAGAACCUCAAACUGGCCACAGAGCUACCUGAUGCAGAGCUACGCAGAACCCUCUGGUCUCUGGUUGCCUUCCCCAAACUGAAGCGGCAGGUGCUGUCGUAUGAUCCUCCGGUCGGUUCUCCUAAAGACUUCACUGACAGCACACUGUUCUACGUCAACCAGGAGUUCUCCCUCAUCAAAAACGCCAAAGUCCAGAAGCGAGGAAAGAUCAAUCUGAUUGGCCGGCUGCAGCUGACCACCGAGCGAAUGAGAGAAGAGGAAAAUGAAGGAAUCGUUCAGCUCAGAAUACUCAGGACUCAGGAGGCCAUCAUCCAGAUCAUGAAGAUGAGGAAGAGGAUCAGUAACGCCCAGCUGCAGACGGAGCUGGUGGAGAUCCUGAAGAACAUGUUCCUGCCUCAGAAGAAGAUGAUCAAGGAGCAGAUCGAGUGGCUCAUCGAGCACAAGUACAUCAAGAGGGACGAGGCGGACAUCAACACCUUCAUCUACAUGGCGUAGGCGGAGGGGGCGGA